GCGUAUGUGCGUGCGCGAGGGAAGGGAAGAAUGAAUUUUAUCGUCGUGCGGUUACGAGCACUUUUUCAGUAAGUCGCGCGGCUUUUUCUCAGGCCGUACGGAGAGCCUUCGUCGAGGCUGACACACUAGCAAAGUAUGAAGCACGUAUGGAGCUUGCGAGGAGGAGAAGGUAGAAAGGAGAGUGUCGGUUGGUUUGAACGCAGCUGAUUCCCAGUGACGGAUCGUAUGGGGAACUCCGCGGGUGGUGACACUCUCUCAGUGACCUCGUACGAAGCUGUGCUCCUCGUAUCUGCGGCAGUGAAGCGAAUUCAGUUUUCGGGGAAUUAGGAUAGCGAAUGGAUGGCAGACAACGAGGGUGAAAAUGUGUGAGGGAAAUAAGUGAGAAGAGAAAAGAGAAAGGGACCAGUCUGCUACCGAACAGAUGCUUCGAUCCAGGGAAACGGGGUGAAAGAGGAAGAGAAAGAAAGAUAAGAAAGGGUGCUUCAGAAAGCUCUGCUAUUUCUAUCUUUCUCUUCCUCCUCCUCUCUCUCUUUCUCCCUUUCUCACAUUCCCUCCCUCUCACACACACAUACACACACACACGUUCUCGUUCUCGCUCGUGUCGCCCUCUCUCCUUCUAGUUCCCGUCGCGCUUCCCGGUGAUCAGUUCUAUUAGUGCCGUUACCAGGAAAGCGAGGAACUUCUUCAUCCUGUUCGCGAAAACUUCCUCGCUCUCUCCUCUUCACUUCUACUUCUUCUUUUUCUUCUUCCAGCGUCGCACAGCUCCUACCACCGUGUUUCUUCUCCCUUUCGUUCGUUCGUUGACUCCGUGCAACUCCGUGAAACAUGUCGCGGCGAAAGAACCCAAAGCGGAGGGGGGACAACCUGGACGACCUGAAGCAGGAGUUGGACAUUGACUUCCACAAAAUCUCACCCGAGGAACUGUAUCAAAGAUUUCAGACGCACCCCGAAAACGGCCUCAGCCACGCGAAGGCGAAGGAGAACCUGGAGAGGGACGGGCCGAACGCCCUGACACCGCCGAAGCAGACCCCGGAAUGGGUAAAGUUCUGCAAGAAUCUGUUUGGCGGUUUCGCCCUCCUGUUGUGGAUCGGCGCGAUUCUCUGCUUCAUCGCGUACUCGAUCCAGGCCACGACCAGCGAGGAUCCAAAUGAUGACAAUCUCUAUCUGGGCAUCGUUCUCGCGGCGGUCGUGAUAGUCACGGGUAUAUUCUCGUACUACCAGGAGAGCAAGUCGAGCAAGAUCAUGGAGUCGUUCAAAAACAUGGUGCCGCAAUACGCCACCGCGAUCCGGGAGGGUGAGAAGGUAAUGCUCAGGGCGGAGGACCUCGUGCUGGGGGAUGUCGUCGACGUAAAGUUCGGCGACCGGAUACCGGCCGACAUCAGGAUUAUUGAAGCACGCGGAUUCAAGGUGGACAACAGCUCGCUGACGGGCGAGUCCGAGCCCCAAUCGAGAUCGCCCGAGUUUACGAACGAGAAUCCACUCGAGACGAAGAAUCUCGCAUUCUUUUCGACGAAUGCGGUAGAAGGCACAGCCAAAGGUGUAGUGAUCUGCUGUGGUGAUCAGACGGUGAUGGGAAGGAUCGCUGGUCUCGCCUCUGGCCUGGACACCGGUGAAACGCCGAUCGCCAAGGAGAUACAUCACUUUAUACAUCUUAUUACCGGUGUCGCUGUCUUCCUCGGCAUCACUUUCUUCAUUAUAGCCUUCAUCCUGGGUUACCACUGGCUCGACGCCGUCAUCUUCUUAAUCGGUAUUAUCGUGGCGAACGUACCGGAGGGUCUCCUCGCUACUGUGACCGUGUGCCUCACCCUCACCGCCAAGCGAAUGGCCUCGAAGAACUGCCUGGUGAAGAAUCUCGAGGCCGUGGAGACUCUAGGAUCCACCUCGACUAUCUGCUCGGACAAAACGGGAACUCUCACGCAGAAUCGUAUGACAGUGGCGCACAUGUGGUUCGACAAUCAGAUCAUCGACGCUGACACCACGGAAGAUCAGUCUGGCUUGCAGUACGAUCGCACCAGUCCGGGAUUCAAGGCACUGGCGAAGAUCGCCACUCUGUGCAAUCGCGCCGAGUUCAAACCAGGCCAGGAGGAUGAGCCAAUCCUGAAACGGGAGGUGAACGGUGACGCGUCCGAAGCCGCGCUGCUCAAGUGCAUGGAACUAGCGUUGGGCGAUGUCAUGGGUAUCAGGAAACGUAACAAGAAAGUUUGCGAGAUUCCCUUCAAUUCUACCAACAAAUAUCAGGUGUCCGUACACGAGUCGGACGAUCCCAACGAUCCCAGACAUCUGUUGGUCAUGAAGGGCGCUCCCGAAAGAAUUCUCGACAGAUGCUCCACCAUAUUUAUCGGCGGCAAAGAAAAGGUUCUCGAUGAGGAGAUGAAGGAGGCGUUCAACAACGCGUACUUGGAAUUGGGCGGACUCGGCGAACGAGUGCUCGGCUUCUGUGAUUACACACUGCCGUCCGACAAGUUCCCGGUUGGCUUCAAGUUCAACUCUGACGACCCCAACUUCCCGGUCGACGGGCUCCGCUUCGUGGGCCUGAUGUCUAUGAUCGAUCCGCCCCGGGCCGCGGUGCCCGACGCGGUCGCCAAGUGCCGUUCCGCCGGCAUCAAGGUCAUCAUGGUAACCGGUGACCACCCGAUCACUGCCAAAGCCAUUGCCAAAUCCGUCGGUAUCAUCUCUGAAGGUAACGAGACCAUUGAGGACAUUGCGCAACGGUUGAAUAUCCCGGUGUCCGAAGUAAAUCCUCGCGAGGCUAAAGCCGCGGUCAUCCACGGAACCGAACUCAGGGAACUGAACUCCGACCAAUUGGACGAGAUUCUCAGGUACCACACCGAAAUUGUGUUCGCCCGUACCUCGCCUCAGCAGAAGCUCAUCAUUGUCGAAGGCUGCCAGCGAAUGGGCGCUAUUGUCGCCGUGACUGGCGACGGUGUGAACGACUCGCCCGCAUUGAAGAAGGCCGAUAUUGGUGUCGCUAUGGGCAUCGCCGGUUCGGACGUCUCCAAACAAGCGGCCGACAUGAUCCUGCUUGACGAUAACUUUGCCUCGAUCGUGACAGGCGUGGAAGAGGGUCGUUUGAUCUUCGACAACCUGAAGAAGUCUAUCGCCUAUACUCUGACCUCGAACAUACCCGAAAUCUCGCCUUUCCUGGCGUUCAUCCUCUGCGACAUCCCUCUGCCGCUGGGUACCGUUACUAUCCUCUGCAUUGACUUGGGAACCGACAUGGUGCCGGCCAUCUCGCUAGCCUACGAGGCACCGGAGUCGGACAUUAUGAAACGGCAGCCACGCGAUCCUUACAGAGACAAUCUUGUCAACCGAAGGCUUAUUUCGAUGGCGUACGGUCAAAUCGGCAUGAUCCAAGCCGCAGCCGGCUUCUUCGUCUACUUUGUCAUCAUGGCUGAAAACGGAUUUUUGCCCUUGUAUCUGUUCGGCAUCCGAAAGCAAUGGGAUUCUAAGGCUAUCAAUGAUCUUACCGACAGCUACGGUCAAGAAUGGACAUACAGGGACCGUAAGACGUUGGAAUUUACCUGCCACACAGCAUUCUUCGUAUCGAUCGUAAUUGUGCAGUGGGCUGAUCUGAUCGUCUGUAAAACACGCCGCAACUCGAUCAUUCACCAGGGAAUGAGGAACUGGGCCCUGAACUUCGGUCUCGUGUUCGAGACCGCCCUCGCUGCGUUCCUAAGUUACACGCCCGGUAUGGAUAAGGGUCUUCGUAUGUUCCCACUCAAAUUCGUAUGGUGGCUGCCAGCCCUGCCGUUCAUGUUCGCCAUCUUCAUCUAUGACGAGACGAGACGAUUCUACCUCCGCCGAAAUCCUGGCGGCUGGCUCGAGCAAGAAACUUACUAUUAGACGCCGAAAGGAUUAAAUCACACGCAUGCAGAGCGCGCGCGCAAGAGGACGAGUGAACGGACAAGAGAGCAAGAGCGAAAGCGAGAAAGAGAGCGAGAGAGUGAGAGAAAGGGGGAGAGAAAGAGAGAGAGAGAGGAUGAGAGAGAAUGUUGAUGAUGAGAGAAUGAGAUGCAUACUCACUUCUGAGAGAGAUAUACCUACUAAAAGAGGGAAAGAAAACUAAAGUAAAUUACUCAUGUUGAACAAGAUGUAACACGUUUCACACGGAACAUGCUAUUGGGUCUGUCCGAGUCACGCGAGUCAACUAGGAGGACAAACGGAUGGACAACGAAGUGCGCUAGACUCGUGCUGACGACUCUCACAAAAAAAAGAGGCGCGAGAUUAUUACACUGUCACGGAGAAGACCCUCUAGUGCUACGGCUAGAUACGGCGCGAGGUACAAAGAGUAGGCUCGUCGUUCUGGCUUCGCUGGCAAUUGCUUGCACGCGCGUGCCAGGUCUCGUUCUGAAAAAUUGUUCCGGUGCUCGAAAGAAAGAACCGUCAUCGAAGAAGAAGAAGGGAUCGUUGGAGGUUCUACCAUCAUUAAUCAUGCAGACGAUGCCGCAGUGAAAAUUGAUUUGGAAGCAAUAUUUCCACAUUUAACACGAUCACGGGGCUUUGCGGUGAUGAUGACUGGUGCCGCUGUCAAGUUCUGGAUGGGUAUUCCUUGCGGACGUCACUCGAAGAUGGAACGAAGGAAUGAGAUUAAAAAGGGGAGAAGGGAAAAAGGGAGACAAGUCGAGAGCGCCGCUGCGUGACUGAUGCACUAGUAUCGGGCCUAAAGAAACGUGGUACAAUAUGACGAAAAGGAGCGUACGGAAGAGAGAAAACGGAAAUCCGGAACAGCAGCGGAAAAGGACACUCGACACUCGAGACUCGCAGACGGGAUGCUAACGCGCGGUAGAGAAUCACGGAAUCACGUGCGUCCUUACGUAUGCCGAAUGCGAAUUACUACACUCACUCGACUUCUUACUAUUAGUGGCGUAUUAUCGUAGACGUCCUUGCGUUUUUAAUUCCAAGAAACUUCAUAGGCUUUUGUUGAUCGUCGAUCAAUGCGUGCAGCAUUGGUACGCCAAGAUCGGCACACACAACACGCCCUCCAUUGAGAAGAGCUUUAGGUGAAAAAAAAAACAAGAAGAAAGAGACUUUCUUGUAGAGAAACAAGCAAUGCAGAGAGAGAGAGAGAGAGACCGAAGCGAAAGAGCAAACCAAAAAAAAGUGCUCAAUGUAACAGGAGAAAUAUUUAAAAAAUUCUUAGGCAUCUCGCGCGUAACACCGAAAUACUUCAUACGGAAAUCUAAUUAAUUGUUAAUUGUAACGAAGGACCUGUGAUACGACAGAUACCUAUCACAUGGUCCAUAGUUAUACGUCAUGAUAAAAUAACUAAAAUAAUGAGAAGAGUUAUCAUAAAUAACUAUAAA